UUGCUAAAUCAUAGGGUCAUUGGGCGCUUUUUAUAAGCCGGGCCCAGGAGGUGUUUUUUGGUAUAUUUUUUCUCAUUUGAUUCUCACAUAUUAUUAUUAAUCUCCUGUGAGGGAUGUUGAAUUAUCUCCAUAUGUGGAAACCAGGACGCAGAGAGGUCCCCCAACCAUGAAAGGAUGAACACAGGUUUGAACCCAGCUCUGCCCCUACCCUCCUCCUCCUCAGCAGCCACACUGCCUCAGCUCCGGACGCUUACGAUCCCCUUGGGGGGGGGGGUUGUGACACAGAAGAGCCCAUAAUACAAUUCCUAAUUGAUAUGUUCACUCUCCUCUUCUUUAGAAACAUUUCCCUGAGCUGAGCGGGCACACUUCUCACAACAGCCGCGGUUGUGAGGCCCCUGGCGGCUGGGGGAUCCCCAAGGCCGCGAGGAACAAGAACCGGGCACCUCUGGCCCCAAGUAUGAAGUCCCAGGGUUAGUGCCCGUGGGAGGUGCCCAUGCUGGGCUCAGGAGGAGCCGGGGUGCCGAGGCCUGCUGCCCCGCCCAUGGGCGCCACGGAAGAAGGCCGGGGUCCCCGGAGUUCUGCGGCGCCACGGCUGGACCGGAGAGGGAACUGCUGAGCCUCUGCCAGGAGCCACACUAAGGCCACAGCAAUGACUCCUGUCAGGGAGAUCUCGGAGGCCACCCCAGAGGGCGAAGAGGAGCCCUAACCCAUCCUGGUACCCCGGGGCUGCUGCUGGCGAUGUGACUCGUCCCUGUGGUCGGGACCGCGCAGAGCCCAGGCAGGGGCGAUUCGGGGAGGGUCUGCCUCUGGGUGCAGCUCCACGCAGCACCAUGAACAAUAACUUCUGCCGGGCCCUGGUGGACCGGCGGCCCCUGGCGUCCCCCAGCUGCAUGCAGCUGGGCGUCGUGCCGGCUCCGCGCCGGGCGCCCUUGCCCCCCGCCGAGCCCCUGGGCAACGUGCCCUUGCUGCUGUACCCGGGCCCGGCCGAGCCGCAGUACUACGAUGCCUACGCGGGCGUGUUCCCCUACGUGCCCUUCCCCGGUGCCUUCGGGGUGUACGACUACCCCUUCGAGCCCGCCUUCAUCCAGAAGCGCAACGAGCGCGAGCGGCAGCGGGUCAAGUGCGUCAACGAGGGCUACGCGCGCCUCCGCGGCCACCUCCCGGGCGCGCUGGCCGAGAAGCGGCUCAGCAAGGUGGAGACCCUGCGCGCCGCCAUCCGCUACAUCAAGUACCUGCAGGAGCUGCUGAGCGCGGCCCCCGACGGCGCGCCGCCCGCCGCCUCCCCGCCCGACUGCCGCGGCGACGGCGAGACCCGGGCGCCCGUCUCCCUGGUGCCCGAGUCGUCCGAGUCCUCCUGCUUCUCCUCCUCGCCGUUCUUUGAGUCGGAAGAAUCCAGCCACUGA